AAUUACAUAGACUUGUAAUUGUAUUGAUAAAAUGUCGGACCGAUGAAUACACAAAGAAGCGUACAACCGACAUGAAUGAAGAUCAAUUACCAGUUGCUUAUAUUUUUCUGCUUUAACGUGGUUGCAGAUAGUAUCUCAUGGACUCUUUUAAAUAAGCCAGCAAUAUUUGGCAACAAAGUUAGUCUGAAAUGUCAUCUCACAUCAGCGUCUUUAUGUUGCGACAGUUUUGCACGUAAGUGGUCUGCUGGAAAAACAUUUGAUUUAAUCAUACUGAAUGGAGUUUCAUCAAAUAAAACCAAGUAUACGGAAAUAGUGGAACAUAAAUAUAAUAUUUCUACCCUUAUCAUAACUGACUUCAAUGAAAAGGACGUCAAUAUACCAUACGAAUGUACAUAUGGAUUUGAAACGUUCAGCAAAAUCUUAGAACUGACACCAGCAAAUUUCGAAUUUCAUCCUGUUGAACAAAUUCCUGUUGAAAUAGAUGUUGACGAAAACCACAGUGCUGUUUCUAAUAUCACAUUCAAAACUAUUUAUCCUGCUCCAGUUUGUUCAGCACUAGAAGAUGUAAAUAAUAUAUCCAGCAAACUAUUUGUAAAAACAGAUAAAAAAGGAAUGUUUUUCACAUCAAACAUCUUGUUAGUAUAUGACGUGAGCAACAGCUGUUAUAGUAGUAGAAUCAUCUUAGUACAAUGUAUUAUUGGCAGAACAACUUUGACAAUUGUAAACAGUACAAUAUCAUGUUCACAAGCACCACCGACUGGGCUGAUUUGGAAGCCCUUAUUGCUUUCGGUUGUAGUAUGUUUAUCAGUAAUUUUGAUUGCGACAACUUUAAUCUACUACUAUCGAAUAAAAUGGAAAUGUUUGAAGUAUUGUCGGCAUACAACAGAACAAAAAGAAUCAAAUAUCGCCAUGAUUAACCGAGUACCUGGUACAGAAUGACAAUUGUGUUUUAUAACCAAAACAUUCCUAAACUAAUGUUUACUUAAAUGUUUUAUGGUAGGGAAACAAUUCUGCCUCACCAACCUACUCCGAUUCUAGCAGUUAUAUUGCAUAAAAGUAAGCCUUGUGCAGUAUAUUUGUCAGAGAUACAAUGCACCAGCGUAGAUAUAUUUAAAAGAAACCGUGAACCCAGAGGGUGUAUCGUAUCUUUUUACGAACUACCGUUAUCCAUUGUGUUUCGUACUUACUAUUCUACGUUAUGACGAAUUUUUCUAAUUACAUUUCUUUUCAUAUUUAAACCCUAUAGGUUCUAGUGAACUCUAAGAAUCACGUGUUUCUAUAGAAUUGUGUAUCAACACCACUCUUUGUUAGAAGGUUUUUUGACAAAGAUGCAUACAAAAUCGGACGAAUUUACAGUAUAAUUAAGAAAUAAAACGUUUAUCAGUGACAAAAUAAAGUACAGUAGACUUUU